AUGGCAGCGAUUACUUUUCACCUCGUUGCCGGCAAGAUUGAGAUCCUACAGAUACCCUUUCUGACGCCUAUAGCCCUGUUCGCCUGGGCAUUGUAUUGUGCCUUUUACGCAUAUUUCCUCUCUCCAAUUCGCCAUAUACCCGGCCCAUUCUGGUCGCGUGUCACUCCCAUUCCGCUCCGCAUUGCCACAUUUAGAAACAAAAGAUACGAAUAUGCGCACGAGCUGCUCAAGAAAUAUGGCCCGAUUGUUGUUCUCGCACCAGAUCAGGUCCAUACCAAUGACGACAUGGCCAUGAAAAUUAUCUACGACCGCAAUUCUCCCAAAACUUCCUUCUACAAGGAUGCUGGUCGGUAUAAGGGCGUCCACAUGAUCCUAGGAAUGAUUGAGCAUUCCUCUGCGGUAUCAAUCCGCUCAAAUUUGCUACAAUGUUUCCAAAACAAGAAUUUGUCGAGUCUUUCGGACUCCAUGGAGUCGCACAUCAAUGCUUUUGUCAAGCUUCUGUACCAACGUGCCGAACGCAACGAGAGCACCCUCGACGGUAUCUUCUGGUUGAGGCUGCUGACUCUCGAUACAGUCACUGACAUUCUUUGGGGCGAUAAACACGACCUUCUCACUAAUUCGGGUGGUGAUAACUCCGGUUUGUUGACCAAAUUCCAUCAGUUUAGCCGAUUCAUGGCUCUACGAGGAUUCCUCUCCGGAUUUGAAUUUUGGGUGCGUACUUGCGGCACAAAACACUACAAAGACAUGCGGCGUGGGUGGUACGAAGUAGACAUGUAUGCUCGCAGAGUCCUGGAAAAAUGGGAGGCUGGAGAGACGAAAAGUCACAGCCGUGAUGCCACCGAAGCCAUGAAAAGAAAUUGGAUCCCAUUCAGCUACGGCAGCAGAAGUUGUCCAGGUCAAAACUUGGGUAUGACUGAGUUGAAAUACUUUCUUGCCGCCAUCCUCCGACAUUUUAGAUGCCAGAUCCCAGAUGGAAUGCACGACAGUCAAAUCGAGCUGCGAGAUCCCUUCACCGCCACCGUCUGGGAGAGAGCUUCUGAAAAGGAACCGUGGAGGUCUGAGGUCUUGCUUAAAUUUGUACCACAAACAGAAGCACUAUGA